UCUAGGUACAACGCCACCCGUCCUCGCCGCGCAUUGCCCAUCCCAUUCUCGCCGCCUGCCAUACCUCUCUCGUAUGCUGUGCGCGCCCCACCAUAUCCUUUCGCGAUGGACGCACCGCCUUCCUUCGAGUCGAGACGCCAUCGCGAGGUCCAUGUACGCUAUGGAGCUGUUCUGAAUGAUAUCCCGCCUUUGUUCCUCGACGGCAAAUCCCAUCAUUCCCUUCCCAGCGACUUCAAACCCCAGCGAUCCAAAGACACGAGCCUUACAGCCUUCGCACAGCUAGCUUGCCUCCAUUCCGGCACCGAUCGAGCCAUCAUAUCCCUCACCGACGAUGUGAGACAACAUGUUGUUGCCGAAGCUACGCCAAAUCUAUUGCUUCGCUCCAAUCGCUCCCAUGAAGCAAGCAGUGACCUCUGGCUGGGCACUGUCAGUGCUCCUCGAAGGUGGUCCCCAUGCGAAGCAGUGCUCGAAGCUUGGACAAACGGAUCAGCACCUCCACAAUCCGCCAUCAUAUUUAGCGACCUCAAGGAAGAAGACGGCUAUUCUCAGCGCCCUUUUGCUACCGCCAACCCAUCCCUCCGCUUCUACGCCGGUGUACCAUUGGUCAGUUCCAAAACGGGCUUGGUUGUCGGAUCCCUUUCUGUCUUGGACAAUGAACCUCGUUCUGGUCUCGAGGAACACCAAAUAAAGUACCUACAGGAUCUUGCUAUCACUAUAGUGGAGCACCUGGACCUGUUCAUGAUCAGAGACCAAUACAGUCGGAGCGAGAAGCUGUUACGUGCCCUCAUGUCCUUCACUGAGGGUUGCUCCAACAUGCGCCCUUUCGAGAACGAAAGUCAACGCCCGCUUCUUCCAUCGGGCGCAGAACCCUCAGAGUCACGGCAUGACCAUCAACCUUCAGCCCAUGCGAAAUCAUCAAAACCUUCGCUUUUACCACCCGGAAAGCGGCCGAAGACCAGUCGCCAGAAGUCUAUGAGAGAUCUACAAAAGAGUAUUUUACCAACCGAUUCGCAAUCAAUGUUUUCUAGGGCCGCUUCCGUAAUGCAAAAGUCGAGUGACCUUGACGGUGUGUUGAUACUUGACGCUUCUAUUGUGGGUAUCGGUGGGCAUAAUGAUAACUUCGUUCCUACCGAGGAUGGCUUGGAGGGAUCAUCCUCAGGAGAAACAUCAUCCUCACCGGAGGAGAGCGGGGAGUGCACGUCUUCUCCAUUACAAAGACAGUCUUCCUCUUCUUGCGAAUCUGCCCAGCGGACUACUCAAGUGCUGGGAUUUGCGACCAAAGAACACUCCGAUUUCGGAGGUGAUAGCCCGUCGAUGGCGCUAGAAUCUUUCCCCGAAAAGGAUCUCUCUCGUAUGUUUCAUGCUUAUCCUCGUGGCAAAGUGAUCGGAAUUUCUGUUGAAGGUGAACCGAUUUCUUCGACGGAUGAAACGACGGAUGAGUCCGAUAGCUCAAAAUUGUUGCAGACCGGCAGUAUGGAAUCAUCAGAAAUCACACACAAAAACAAAACAGAUGGAGACGUCAAAGCUACGAUUGCUCUUGCCAUCCGCAAAAUGCUGCCAGAAGCAGUUAGCGUUGCUUUUGCUCCUCUGUGGGAUUAUGAAAGGUCGAGGUGGUUUGCUGGUUGCAUUUGCUGGAGUAACCGUUCGAAUCGGAAAUUAAGUGAAAAAGUUGAUCUUGCCUACUUCAAAAUCUUCGGACACUCCAUCAUGUCCGACCUUUCCCGUUUAGACGCACUUGCCGCGGAUCAGGCAAAAACAUCGUUUGUUGCAUCCAUUUCUCAUGAGCUGCGUUCACCGUUACACGGCAUCCUGGGCACCUUGAAUUUCCUCGAAGAUACGGCCUUGGACUCAUUUCAGAUCUCAAUGAUCAAUUCCUUGGGAGCAUGCGGUCAAACCUUGCUCGAUACCAUCGAUCACGUUCUUGAUCAUGCCAACAUCACUGCUACAAAGAAAAGGAAGUCGUCUUCGAAACGAUUGAGAGGUCCGCAAGCAAUCCAAGUUUCCACAAAAUCUUCAAGGCGGCGGCACCAGAGAACUCUACGGAAUCCUGCAAUUGAUCUUAAGAAAGUCACAGAAGAGACACUAGAGGCGGUUAUAUCUGGUCAGUCAUACACACUUUUGCAAGCAGAAGACUGGGACGGUGCACUGCCUCCUGCUUCUCAGUCACGAAGACGUAGUAUAUAUACUAUACUGGACAUUGCAGCAGAAGAUAACUGGAACUACAACGUGUCUGGAGGAUCCUGGCGAAGGGUUGUGAUGAACUUGAUUGGAAACGCCCUCAAGUAUACUGAGUCGGGCUAUAUUCACGUUUCACUGAGGUCGAGUUCGUCUACGGACGGAUCGGACAACCGAAUCGUUUCCUUCACUAUCAAAGACACGGGAAAAGGGAUGAGCCAGCAAUUUCUCGCGAAUCAAGCAUUCCAACCUUUUAAGCAGGAGAACUCCCACGCGCCCGGAAUUGGCUUAGGGCUGAGCAUCGUUCGCCAGAUCAUAGAUUCUCUUGGUGGCAACAUCAGUGUCACCAGCGCACCUGGAAAAGGCACAGAAGUAGGACUCCGAUUCGUGCUUCCGAGAUCGGAAACAAGCCCAUCGCUUCAGCAUCAGCCCACCCAGUUCAUGAACAUCUUAGCACAAUUGCAAGGCAGGCGUAUAUGUAUACUCACUGAGCCCCCCACGGCACAGGAAAACAACGAAGAUGACACGACAAGCCAAGGAGGAAUGGCUCGAUUCACGAGCGCACUAACGUAUACCCUCACCAAACAUCUUGAUAUGGAUGUGGUUCAAACACAGCAAUGGGAUAUGCAAGACACUGACCUCGUGAUCUGCCCUGAACCACAGUUUUCCUACUUGUCCAACAUACGGCGCCAGAGGACUUUCGGGGAACGGGCGCCUAUCACAAUAUUUGUAGCCAUGGAUGCUCUUGAAGCUGCAACACUUCGCACGGAUGUGCGUGUGAGGAGUAAGGAAUCUGUUGUCGAAAUAAUGGCGCAACCUUGCGGACCGUAUAAGCUUGCAUAUGUGCUCGACCUUUGUCUUAAUCGAUAUGCAUCGCCAGAGGAAAAUAUAUGGUCCCCCAUUUCCACUACGCCGUCCCCUCUUCCUUCUCUUGAACAUCCUCUUCCCAUACGACAUAAUUUUGCUGUAUCAUCAUCAAAUACCAGUCUAUCUGACCCUAGCCUUUCUCGCGACGAUGUCGCAAGUACAGCCUCGGCGUUGCGAGAUGGGCACUCGUUGACCAGCGUUAUCACUGAUGAUUCCGUGUACGAUAUCGAAAACUCAAAGACACCCACAGCUCCACCCAGAACUCUAAGACACAGGCCACUUCAUGGUCCCCGGCACGCAACAGCGAACAGCAUGGAUGUGAAAUCUGCCAUGCCUCUACUAACAGCACCGUCUUCACCUGGACUUAGUGCUUCCUCAGAUCCAAGCAUGCACAAGAAGGGUUCAUCUAGGGUGCUUAUCGUCGACGAUAACCCAAUCAACCGAAAGCUCCUCGUCACUUUUCUCAAGAAGAGAAGCGUGCUCUAUGCAGAAGCGGAGAAUGGAGCAGAAGCAGUGAGAAUGUAUCAGCAAGCAUCUCCCAUGCAAUUCGAUGUCAUCCUCAUGGACAUAUCAAUGCCGAUUCUUGACGGUCUAUCUGCUAGCCGCCAGAUUCGCGACCACGAGCAGACAAAGAAUAGCUCCCGCUGUUGUAUCAUUGCGCUCACUGGACUGGCCUCCGCGAGUGCGCGCUUGGAAGCCUGGAGCUCGGGCGUAGAUCAUUACAUGACUAAGCCAGUCAACUUCAAGCAUUUAGAAACAGUCCUUGGAGAAGAGGCUGGUAAGUCGAAGUAG